AGCUGAUUGUGACAUCCUCGACAUCUUCGUAGCUCGUAGAAAAUCAAUACACAAACAUGCGAACUUCGACGUUAAAAAUUGCUUGAAAAUAAACGAAAAUGUUGUUAAAACGAAAUCUAUUGGAGACCGUGACUGCUUUCUCGUGUUCGGGCACUGUAAUAUGCGUUUUACUUAACUAUGUGACGAAUAUUUCGCCUUUAAAAGGGAUUUGGUUUUCCGUUUACUUUGUGCUUCUGUUUCUUUUGUCUGUAACGCUUAGUUUUAGAUUGAUACAAUGGGUGAUCAAUUUAAACAAGCCUUUGAAAUACGACUUGGAUGGUUUGGUGCAAAAUUAUCCUUAUUUGGGGUUCUUGAAAGAUAUUUUGCCGCGCAUUCCUACGAGGGUAGAAAAAGAGUGUAAAGAGUAUGACACUAAUGAGUUGAGUGUGAUUUCGACUGUGUUGGAGCGCCGGCUAGUGUCAUCCUGGUACGUGCAUUAUGUGUCGCAAGAAAUAGGGUUUCCUUUCGCGUGCAAGCAAAUGCUGGAUCAGAUGAUUGGCAGAACUUUUCAGAUAUGCAACAAAAUAGAAACCAGAGACGUCUACAUAGAUGUUUCUUCUGUUCUUAUUACACACUUAAAGGAAUAUCGAAAAGCUACAAAGAGACAUGAGAAGCUUCCAACAAGUCCUAUCGAAUCACUUUACAAAAUGUCUCAUCCGGUCUCUAUUAUGGAAAAGAAAAUCGAAACGGGGGAUCACUGUACAAACCUACUACGAGUUAUACUCAAAGAACUUGUACCAUGGGAACUAUGGGAUACACCACAUUCCGAAUUACUAGUCCGAGUGCUAUCAAAGAAGUUAGACAAUUUCAUAGAAAGUACAUUAACUGAUCCCAUUUGGUUGAAUGACAAAUUAAUGACGAUAUUAAAAGGGAAACAAGAUGUAACAAAAAAAGAGAAGUCUGAGGAACCAAUAGAUAUAAUACCGGAAGAAGUAAAGAAUGAAAUAAAAGAAAUAUUAACAGAGUUGGAAGUAGAAAUACCGAAAACAGAUUUAACCCCACCUAAGUUGGAACCAACAACAUUGGAGUCGGCAUUGUCAACCGUAGUCAUGCAUACAACGGCUCCUAUAUUACAAAGAGCUAUUAACGAUGAUGUAGAAGAUCAAGAUAUUAUUGAGAAUGUUGAGCAAGUAGAAGAGGCAACUACGGCCACGGAACCACUUGACAUCAAAUCAUCGCCAGUGUUGAGACAACGAAGAGGAAGACAGGGCAGAAACGAAGUUAAGAUCUACGAUAGAAUUAUCGAAGGGAGUGUGAAGACGUGGGAAACGGAUACGGACCUACAGUGCAUCAGUCUAGGUCAAGAUUUGCUGGCCAGUCUGAACGGGGAGAUCACGCUCAGUCGGCUGUGGGGGCAGGACCCGCAGGAGGCUGAUACUGGGGGGAAGGAAACCAGGUUCUGGUUUGGCGAGGAAGACGCGAUGGACAUGGAGUUAGAAAGCAAGGAGCCGUCCCCUGUCAAGAAGGAACACAGCCCGAAGCCAACUGAGGCCAUCCUGAAGGACAUUCAGACCACAGUGCACCAGGCCAAGACCAAGAUAGGAGACCUGCAGGUCCCCCAUAGUGUCAUAGAUGUACCCCGCAACCAUGAUGAAGCAGCUGGAAUGAUGGAAGGUCUCUUGGAUUUCGGUAUUGCGGGACUUAAGAAAGGACUGCGAUUCACUGGUCUAAGCGACGAUUCUCAGGAAAAAUCUCCAUCGCAUAAAGAAAAAGAAAAGGGCCCUGAAAAGUCGCCUCCUCCAAAAGACAAAGGCCCUGAGAGGUCUCCACCGCCAAAAGAUAAAGGCCCGGAGAGGUCUCCACCGGCAAAAGAUAAAGGCCCUGAGAGGUCUCCCCCUCCGAAAGGCACCGAGAAAUCCCCACCUCCUGAUUCAAAGAAUAAACCAACUGAGUCGAAAGAAGAAAUCUUUUCCACUGUGAUACAGAAAGAAGAAAAUGGCACCAGCGCAGUCCCCACCCUAGUGAAGCAACAGCGUGUGGCGUCACAAGAUAGCGUGGCAUCACUCCCGAAACCCAUAAUAAAGGCCGGGCCCUCACCGCUCGUCCCGCUGCCGGACUCGCCCGAGCCGGAGUACGAGGAGGCGGCGGACCUGUCCACCAGCAUCGCUAAGCUACGCUGUUUGCUCCAACAGCGGGCUCAGGACCAGCCAAGCUGUGGUGCAGAGGAUGUCUGGUGGGAGUCAGCGGAGGAGACUCGCGGCCGCACGCAGCAGCAUCACUCGUCACGUCCCGUCGACACCGCCACGCUCGCAGACGAAUACGACAUGAAUGCUGACAGAAAUACGUCUCCUGGACAAACCUCUAACAACAUGCAAAGAUUGGAUAAACUCUUCCAGCGCACGGUAACAGGCGUGUUCAACUCGAUCAAGACGGCCGUGGGGGCUGAGGGUGAAGCGGAGGAAGUCCCGCGCACGUUGCAUGACUGGACGUAUGUCUGUACAUCCAUUGAACUCAGCGUGUGCGGCGCGGUGGCGCGGCUGGUGGGGUCGCGGCGCGCCUACAGCCACGUGGAGUGCGCGCUGGACUCGCUGGCGCAGCUGCCCGCGCCGCCGCCGCGGCCGCAGCUCGUGCCCGAGGACUUGGAGGAGUGGAUGUGCUGGCGCGGCGCGGCGUGGAGCGCGGCGGCCGAGCUGUGCUGCGCGGCCGGCCUGCUGCGGGCGCACCUGGCGCUGCAGGCCGCCACGCUGCUGCUCGCAGAGCUAGCAGAAUCUCUGAUAUCUGUCUACCUGGAUGAGGUAUCGUCAUGGCUGCGCGCGCAGGUGUUCGUGUUUUUCGAAAAAAUGGCGGACCAGCCCUCCGCUGGAGAGAGGGAGGUGCUUAGGGAAUUCCAGCUGGAAGAGACUUGCGCCGCCAUUGUGGAGAGAUUACCUGUGUUGCAAGUGUUCGGCGAGGAGACGGUGUCAGACGCAGUCAGGCUGUCUGUCUCGAGCUUCAGCCACAAGGGAGUGAACAGGGACGUGGUGUACCGCGUUCUCGACAUCCUUGCACUGCACUUCAAGAAGUCUGCUGGGCUGAGGAACCCUUCCUUUGAUGCCAAUUAGCACUUUCAUGGAGAGUACGUCUAAAGCCGUAGACCCUAUCUCAGGUCAUCAGCGUAGCGUUAUCCUGUUUACACAGAGUCAGGCUGCAGGUUUGACAGGUCCGGUUUUUUACAGAAGCGACCAGAUCUGUCCUUCUAACUCGCGAAGGGUCAACCAGCCCAAUACAGGUUAGGUCACACCUCCGAAACGCAUCCGGUCCCAAUUACGGAUUAAAUAUAUCUUAGCCAAAAAACCUAUUAACUAACUUUCUGUUUCCUUGUCACUUACAAAGGGAAACACACAUUGAACAUUAUUUUUGGCAAAUAGGCGUAGAGCUCACUCAGAUAAUCAAUGAACAAAUAAUCAUUUCGAUCAACGAAAUGCUGUGGCUACACUUACGCCAUCUAUUGUCGUUGAAACGUAUAUAGCGAGGGCCGAUUUCUCAAUAUUCAGAUGGCGCGCCAUGGCGUCCCAUUGUUUGUAGAAUGAAGUGAUUUGUAUUUUCAUCUAAUAAAUUUCAAUGGAUGAAAGAAAAAAUAUGAAAUGCUAAUGGAAGCUAGUCUAAUGAUCAAAAUAUAUCAAUUUCUGUCUUAUUUUUGAAUUUAAUUAAGAAUGAGUACGAAAUAACACUUAACAGCUUUUAUUGAUGACUUUUUAAGUACGACAGUAUUUCCACAAAUUCCAUAGAAAAUUUUGAUUUUGUCGUUUCGUAAAGAGUAUCUCAAAUAUAUAUAAAUUAUAUAAAAAUAGGAAUUUUUAUAUUUAAAUAUUGUUAAAAAAUCUGCUCUCUAGCAUUAAACCAAAGAUGUUGAGUUAAAAAAAAAGGUACUUAUUAUAAAUGAAAUUUAUGGCUUUAAAAAUGUAUUUUCGUUUUAAUUAAGUAGUAUAUUAU